AUUAAAGUUUUGAUUUAGUCGAAUCUCAUUUCGCCAUUGCAUCACGCAAUCAAUAGAAGGGUUACUUUCAUCUGUGAAAUCAGUUAACACUCAGUAGUCGUUAAGUCGCAUUAGUGUUUAUUUCAAUAUAUCAAUUAGUAGUUAAGUGAAUGAACACGAAGAAGACAGCACAAGUUGUAAAAUGUAUUUCAAAGCACCGUACAAAAGCAAAUAUUGUACCUGAUAAAUAUAUUAUAAUGUAGUACUGCAAAUGAAAUUCUAUAGAUUAAAUUUUCAUCGGAGUCUCCAUGUUUUAUUAGUGUCCAUUAGCAACGCUAAAUGAUAACACUAAUAAUUUUAAUACUCAAAUAUUUGUAUAUUGGCUUACACACAAUCUUAUGUUUAUGGUUUCAAACAUUCCAAGAAACUUUGAAUAAAAUCCAGGCCAGUUCUGAAGGAAAGAUAAUGUAUACUUCAAAGUCAGAGAAUCAUGUCCUGCAGGAUACCACUUUUAAUGACGCUGCCGCCGGAGUUAAUCAUCUUCAAGAGGAGACUAAAUUUUUCUAUAAAUGCAGUGCUCGGAUACCUGCUCGUUUAGUACUUUAUUUUUUAUCAUGGUCUGGUUUUCUGAUAUCUUUUAUGAUGCGUAAUGAUAUGAACUUUGCCUUGGUGGCAAUGGUAAGUUCAUUAGAGAAUUCAAAUUCAUCUGACAUAGCUUACCCGAGUAUUAACCAAACUCUGUGGGCUGGUUUCGAUGAUGCCAAUAACAAAGUAACUGUGAAAAACUCAACAAUGAACUCAGAAUAUAAUGAUGACUUAUAUGAUUGGUCCAACACUGUAAAGUCAAUAAUACUAAGUUCUUUUUACUGGUGUUAUGUGGUGUCCCAAGUUGUCGGUGGAAUUGCCACACAAUAUCUUGGUACAAAACGAGUAUUCGGUUGGUCCCAAUUCGCAACUGCAUUAUGCAGUUUACUCAUUCCUUUUAGUGCCGACUUGCAUCAUUCCGCUGUGAUAAUAUUACGAUCAGUACAAGGUUUCGCAUCAGGUUUAACUUGGCCGGCGAUGUACGCAAUGGUUGGCUAUUGGAUUCCAUUGGCCGAAAGGUCGCGAUUUAUGUCUAGUUUUCAAGGAUUUAGCAUAGGUAUCGGAUUAACAUACCCACUAUGCGGAUUUAUAAUUGACAACUUUGGCUGGCGAUAUGUUUUUUACACUACCGGAUCGUUAGGUAUAAGUUGGUGCAUAUUGUGGUACUAUCUGGCCUAUAACACACCAAAGGAACAUCCCCGUAUAUCUGCUGAAGAAAUUGAAUAUAUUGAAGCUAGUGUUAGCUCCGAAGCAAAAGAAGCAUGUGGAAUGAAAGUUCCAUGGAUGUCAAUUUUCACAUCCCCGCCAGUAUAUGCGAUUGCUAUAACAACAUUUGGCCGCAUUUGGAUUCAUUAUAUAUUCAUUGUUUGUGGCCCAAACUUCAUGAAAAAUGUGCUCAAGUUCAAUUAUCAAGCCAACGGCUUUCUAUCUGGCAUGCCCUUUAUUUGCUCUUAUAUUUCAUCUGUGCUAUUUUGCUACAUCGCGGACAAAUUGAUGCUGAGCGAUUGGAUGACUCUUACACACGUUCGUAAACUUUUCACCGCUGUGUCACAGGUUGUCCCUGGCAUUCUGAUAUAUUGGAUAGGUUAUAUUGAUCACAAUAUUAUAUUGUUAUUGGUCAUUUGGUUUGUGGCAGUUACGUUUAUAACAGCUUCAUAUGCUGGUGCAAUGGCUAAUAUUGUAGAUAUUGCCCCAAAUUUGGCUGGGCCAGUCCUUGCAUUUUGCCAAACGAUUCAUAUGACGGCUUCUUUUCUAUCCCCGUUGAUGUCAGGUGUAAUUGUUACAAACGAGAGUUCAAUUGAGCAAUGGCGUAAUGUUUUUGCUGGAUCAUCAGCAAUCGCUGUUUUGACUUACGGUGUAUAUCAAAUAUAUGGAACAGCAGAAAUACAACGUUGGAACUACCCACAAGCUCAAAUGGAUGGUUCCGCAGAAGAGAGCGAAAUUCUUAAAAAGAGGAAUGAUGACUGCAUGCUUAAAGAUGACGUGCAGACAAUCUAAUUGUAAAUGUAAUUAACCAACUAAAAACUCUUUUAUAUUUUUUCUAUCACUUCAUUUAUAAGCUUUAACUUAUUAGUAUAUACGUAUAUGUCUAUAUUAUAUGUAUUUAUGUACAUAUAUCCAGAUAAAAAGUUUUAAACACAUGUACUUAGGGUUUUCUAUAUUACUCAUCUACAAAAAUCUUAAGUUCGGUUGUAUGAACGAUUGACAGCAGAAAAACUAUUCUUUUUCAUCAGGAUAUAUACCAGGAACCGACCCAUUCCUUAAAAUCGUUAGUUUAGCAGGAAUACUAUCCUUUUUUCUGGGAUCUGCACCAGAGAGGUAAAUUCAGUAAUGUAAUAAAAAGAUAUUUAAUAUUUUGACGAUGUUGACGAUAAAAAAAAACCUUAAAUAAGCCUAAAUGAUGCUUUUUGUAUAUCUAUAUGCUUAGUUGAAAUUAGCAGUACACUCUAUGUUUUGUGGGAAAUAAAGUAAAAGUGGUAAAAAAAUUUUCACCACUAGCGCUAAUCAAUAAGGAUUUAAUAGUUUACAAAACGAGUUUAGUCUUUUUCGAUAUUUUAAAUUAUAUCUCCAAAUUUGUAUGUCUUCACUAUUCUUUCAUUGUCGGUCGCAAUUAUUUAAAAUGUCAAAUCCAAAACACAAUUCAGAAGAAACCAAUUCAGUUACUACGUUUAUUCCAGGUCUAUUAGAUCCAUGUCAUAGCUCUUAAUUAUUUCUGCACAAUAAUUUCUUUUAUAUCUGCAAUGAUGAAGGCGGUAUACUUUAAUAUUAUCUAUUUUAUUAUAUAAUUGUAUUUUAGUUACACAACUAAAUUUAUUUUCAAUAAAAUUUUGUAAGACACUUGCGGCGGAAUGCCGUAAUAUCAUAGAAUGCAUGAUGGUUAAAAAA